GGAAGACGUUAAUCCACUCAGGCUGAGAAACAACCGCAAUAGGACCCGUGGACACCAUGGGCCUGCUGUCUAUUCUUCGGAGACUAAAGCAGUCACCAGAGCAGGAGGUGCGCUUACUGCUGUUAGGGUUGGACAAUGCUGGCAAGACCACGCUGCUCAAACAGCUGGCAGCUGAAGAUAUCAGCCACAUCACCCCCACACAAGGCUUCAAUAUAAAGAGUGUGCAGUCUUCUGGGUUCAAAUUAAACGUUUGGGACAUUGGAGGGCAACGCAAAAUUCGUCCUUACUGGAGGAAUUAUUUUGAGAACACCGAUGUACUGAUCUAUGUGAUUGACAGCUCAGACAGGAAAAGAUUCGAAGAGACAAGUUUGGAGCUUGCCGAGUUGCUGGAAGAAGAGAAACUUGCAGCUGUGCCGCUGCUGGUGUUUGCCAACAAGCAGGACCUGAUGACAGCCUCUCCGGCAUCGGAACUGGCAGAGAGUCUCAACCUGCACACAAUACGGGAUCGCAUGUGGCAGGUGCAGGCCUGCUCAGCACUCACUGCAGAAGGAGUGCAGGACGGGAUGACCUGGGUUUGCAGAAAUAUAAAGUUUCGGAAGAGAUGACCAGUGAGUGGUGACCAACUUACAUAAGCACUUUAUACUUGAUCUAUGCAGUAAUUUUGAGAACGCUAUGCAGCGGCAGCAGAGUGUGUUAGUUUUUUUAAUUGUUACUCUUGCCAAUAUGUUUAUGUUUUUUACAAAACAUAAUCUUACCAGUAAAAAAAAAUGCCAAUAUACUACCAAGGAAGAUGUCAUGCUGUCUCAGACCUCAGUGUUGUACUGUAUAUAUGUAAGUGCAGUUUUGUUUAGAUAUUUGUAAUAUUGUUUUGUAGGUCCAAGCAAGAAUUUCCUUUAGUAGUUUUCUAAAUAAAGAUCCACUUUUGAGGUUUAAAGAA